CGUCCUCGGUGAAGGCAGACGGUUAUAGUCAUUGUUGACGAGUUUGAGAAGGAAUGUUUUUGCGUGGCGGAAAUGGAUGUUGAUGUCGGGGGAGGGGUCAGGCCGCUGUAGAGACUACAUUCGGUUGUGUUUGUAGAGGGCGAAGAAGUCAUAGAGGUGGGGUGAGAAGGCAGCGUGAUCAGUCGUGACGAAGUCUUCCCACUGGAUCUCUGUGUGAUGAUAUGUUCAAUGUUGUCUUUGGUUAGUAAUCGCAGCCAUUCAUCCCAUCUGACGUACGGGGCAGGGGCGGUGGUGAGCGCAGAAGUAGAAGCAGCAGGAUGGACAACUGUGGAAAUGGUGAGAGGAGCGGAUUGUGGAUGUGUUGAACAUAGGCUGCGACAGGAGGAGGAAGGAGACGGGAGUGGGAUGUGGGCGAGAACGUCGUCGUCAAAAGGAAUUUGGGAUAAAGCCGACGCAGCGAGAAGAGUUGCAGUCAUCGUUGCAGUCAUUGUGGUAGAAUCGAGAGAUGAUGUUGCAACCAUUGUGGUAGAUUCGAGAGAUGAAGUCGUUGAUGUAGCGAGAAGAGUUGUACUCGUUGUUGCAGGCAGCGUUGCAGAUUCGAGAGACAAAAUCGUCGAUGUGGUGACAAAUGUUGAUGUAGAGGGACUUGUCUUUGUAGUUAUAGUUGCAGUCGUAGUCGUUGAUGUUGAGACACUCAUCAUUGCUGUCAUCAAUGUAGCGAGAAGAGUUGCACUCGUUGUUGCAGGCAGUGUUGCAGAUUCGAGAGAUGAAAUCGUCGACAUGGCGGCGAGUGAUGAUGUUGAGGCACUUGUCUUUGUAGUCGAUGUUGCAGUCGUAGCCGCUGAUGUUGAGGCACUUGUCUUUGCAGUUGCAGCAGAAGAGGUUGUGGUGCCAGUUGACGACGUCGCGAUUAUUGUGUUUGUAGGCGUUGUUCUGAGCAUUGGUGCUGAUCUCGAAGACGAACUUGUUGAGGACAACAGUUUGGACGAUGCUUUCGGUUUCUUGUGCGGCGGCUUGUCAUCAUGGGUACCUGCAAGGCAGGAGCAAAUAGAAAGGGAGGAGAGCAAGGGGAAGGCGAGGCGCAGAGAAAAAACAGAAGCGGGGCAAACCGGUUAAAGACGUUGUCGAGAUUGCGCACUUCCGCCAGUUUCUUUUUCCCCCGUUUCCAGAUGUAGUUUGAAGAAGAUGGAGGGUGUGGAUUGGUAUUGUUGAUGGAGGCAGCAAUGUGUGUUAUCGUUGUCUUUGGUGCCGACGAAUGGGCGGUGUAUGUGUGCGGGAGAGGGGGAAUGUUGUGUAUCUCAAGUGUUUGGGAAGGACGUUCAGUUAAGGAUUUCUUUGUACACAAUGUUGGUUGUGUGGUUAAGCGGGGAGGGCGGAGCAAAGCGUACAUGGGUAGGGUCACCCACUCUAGAUGCAGCGACAUAA